AUGAGGCAGAAGGUUGACAAGUCUACCUCUGUCAUAGACAACAACUCAUUUACUGGGUUUUCCAAGCCUUUUGUUUCAUAUUAUUUGAUUAAAAAUAACUGCUACACUGAUUGGUUGUCUAUGUCUUUUAUUGAUAUGGACAAACCAUACAUAACAUACAAGCAAGGGAACACCGGCAACCAGGCUGUCAAAGACUGUCAUGGCUCAGUCACUGGACUAGCUCUUGUCAACGACAACAUCACUCAAACAUUGCCACCUUUCAUAUGUGACCUUAAAAAUCUCACACAUGUUGAUUUCAACUUGAAUUUCAUUGCUGGGGAGUUCCCAACAUCUCUCUACAAUUGUUCCAAGUUGGAGUACCUUGACCUCUCACAGAACUGCUUUGUUGGUAAGAUUCCUAAUGACAUUGAUCGCUUGUCCAGUUUGCAGUAUCUUAGUCUUAGUUACAACAACUUCAGUGGUGACAUUCCUGUGAGUAUUGGAAGGUUAAAGGAACUGAGAGUACUUAGUCUUCAAGAUUGUCUAUUUGAUGGUACUUUCCCUGCUGAGAUUGCCAACUUGUCCAAUCUUGAAACCUUGGAUUUGUCCUUUAACAUGAUGUUCCUUCCUUUGAGGUUGCCUACUAACUGGACAAUGCUGAACAAGUUGAAGGUGUUUUAUAUGUAUGACUGCAACUUGGUUGGGGAAAUCCCUGAAUCAAUUGGACAAAUGGUGGCUUUGGAGAUAUUGGAUAUAUCACAAAACGGUUUAACUGGAAAAAUUGGAUCAAGUUGUAGCUUUGGGAUUUCUAAAGAGUAG